AACAAUAAUUUGAAAACUGAAACAAUUUGUGUAGUGCCAAGGGGCCUUGGAACACAUCUGCAUGGCGAGAAAACCCGUGUUGCUUCAAUACUCUUUCUAUCAUCUCUCAAACCCUUUGGAUUAUAUGUAAACCCCCUUUGUUUUCCUUACUGUAUUUAGAGAUUUUUUUGUUUCUAUAUUCUCUACAUACGUACAAAAGAUUAUCCUUAACUGGUGACAACUAGCUUCUUGUGUCUCUAUAUGGACUACUGGUUUUCCACUUCUAAAUCCCAAUUUCUCAUUUGGGUUAUCUUUCUUAUUCUUGUGAUUGUUCUUGUUGUUGGAAUUGACGGUGCUCAACAUGGAGUCGAUUGAAGAUACUGGCUGCAGCUCUCAGAACAAUUCGAUCCUAAAAACGACCGGAAUCAAGUAUAACUAUGAUUCUGCUGUUCCAUCUAGAUUGGAAAGGCUAUUAAGAGAAAGGGAAAUAAGAAAAUCCAGUAGGUCUCAAUCUACAAAUGAAGGCAUAAGAGAUGGCUGUAGAGACUCAGAUGUUUUUGGAAACGGAAUUGAACCCUGUCUAUCAGAUGGCGAUAAGAAGACCCGAGAGGAAGCGCUUAUUGAAGGACUUGCUGCAGUAUCCCCUUCUAAUGGCUUUGAGAGGAAAGAAGGGCGAUCACAAAAACAAAGAUUAUUGGUUGUGGCGAAUCGGUUGCCUGUUUCGGCAGUUAGGAAAGGCGAGGAUUCAUGGACUCUAGAAGUUAGUGUCGGAGGUUUAGUUAGUGCUCUGUUGGGUGUCAAUGAUUUUGAAGCAAAUUGGAUCGGGUGGUCUGGGGUGAAUGUAACUGAUGAAAUUGGUCAAAGAUCACUUACUGAAGCUCUAGCUGAAAAGAGGUGCAUUCCAGUUUUUCUUGAUCAAGAAACUGUUAAUCAGUAUUACAAUGGUUAUUGUAAUAACAUUCUCUGGCCUCUUUUCCAUUAUCUCCCACUUCCACAAGAAGACCGUCUUGCAACCACCCGCAGCUUCCAGUCUCAGUUUGCUGCAUACAAGAAGGCAAAUCAGAUGUUUGCUGAUGUCGUCAAUGAGCAUUAUCAAGAGGGUGAUAUUGUCUGGUGCCAUGAUUACCACCUGAUGUUUCUUCCAAAAUGUCUUAAAGAGUAUAAUAGUCAAAUGAAAGUUGGUUGGUUUCUUCACACGCCUUUUCCUUCAUCCGAAAUUCAUAGGACACUGCCAUCUCGAUCAGAGCUGCUAAGAGCUGUUCUUGCUGCUGAUUUAGUUGGCUUCCACACUUACGAUUAUGCAAGGCAUUUUGUUAGUGCUUGCACUCGCAUUCUUGGGCUUGAGGGCACACCUGAAGGAGUGGAGGACCAAGGAAAGCUAACGCGUGUAGCUGCGUUUCCUAUCGGGAUAGAUUCUGAUCGGUUCAUUAGAGCUCUUGAUCUUCCUCCAGUCAAGUACCAUAUCAACGAACUGCAAGAAAGAUUUGCUGGAAGAAAGGUCAUGCUGGGCGUAGACCGUUUGGAUAUGAUUAAGGGAAUUCCCCAGAAAAUAUUGGCAUUUGAGAAGUUCCUUGAAGAGAACCCAGACUGGCGCGACAAAGUAGUUUUGCUACAAAUUGCAGUACCAACUAGAACAGAUGUCCCCGAGUAUCAAAAGCUUACGUGCCAAGUACAUGAAAUUGUGGGACGCAUCAAUGGAAGAUUUGGAACUCUGACAGCUGUCCCGAUCCAUCAUUUGGAUCGUUCUCUUGAUUUUCCUGCACUAUGUGCACUUUAUGCUGUCACUGAUGUUGCUCUAGUUACAUCCUUGAGAGAUGGGAUGAAUCUUGUUAGCUAUGAGUUUGUGGCCUGCCAAGCAUCCAAGAAAGGAGUCCUAAUCCUAAGUGAGUUUGCAGGUGCAGCACAGUCUCUUGGUGCUGGCGCUAUUUUGGUAAACCCAUGGAACAUUACUGAACUUGCGUCUUCAAUAGGUUAUGCUCUUACAAUGUCUGCCCAAGAAAGAGAAAAACGACAUCACCAUAACUUCUCGCAUGUCACUACUCACACUUCCCAGGAAUGGGCUGAAACAUUUGUAAGUGAACUCAAUGAUACAGUUGUUGAAGCUCAACUGAGGACUAGACAAAUUCCGCCUCAACUUCCGAGUAAAGUGGCUAUUGAGCGCUACACGCGAUCAAAUAAUCGAUUGCUUAUAUUGGGUUUCAAUGCCACAUUAACAGAGCCAGUGGAUGCCCAGGGAAGAAGGAUUGAUCAACUAAAAGAAAUGGAGCUUAAGUUGCAUCCAGAUUUAAAAGAACCUCUAAGGAAGCUUUGUAAUGACCCAAAGACAACAGUAGUUGUGCUCAGUGGAAGUGACCGAAACGUUCUUGAUGAGAAUUUUGGAGAAUAUAGGAUGUGGUUGGCAGCUGAGCAUGGAAUGUUUUUGCGAUUAACAGAAGGGAAUUGGAUGACUACGAUGCCUGAAAAUCUAAGUAUGGAUUGGGUAGACAGCGUGAAGCAUGUAUUUGAGUAUUUCACCGAGAGGACCCCCCGUUCUCAUUUUGAGCUUCGUGAGACCUCACUUGUUUGGAACUAUAAAUAUACAGUGGGUUCCGAGCACGCAGAUAUUGAGUUUGGUAAACUUCAAGCAAAAGACCUUUUGCAACAUCUAUAUACAGGCCCAAUUUCAAAUGCUUCUGUAGAUGUAAUCCAGGGUUGCCGAUCUGUUGAGGUUCGAGCAGUUGGUGUUACUAAGGGGGCAGCAAUUGAUCGUAUUUUGGGAGAAAUAGUGCACAACAAUGACGUGAAGACACCAAUUGAUUAUGUCUUAUGCAUAGGGCACUUUCUGGCAAAGGAUGAAGAUAUUUAUUCAUUUUUUGAGCCAGAGCUUCCGCAAGAACAAGCAACACCUGCGAGAACCAAGAUAGCUACCCAUAUCAAUAGAAAUACUUCAAAUCAUUCAGCUGGUAAAAGUGCGCAUCGGGCAGUUAAUUACAAAGUUGCCCAGCAAGCUUCGACCUUAGACAAGGCUGGCAGUAACGAAAAUGGAAAUUGGUGGUCCAUGAUGCGCGAUAGAAUGACAGUUCAUGAAGGAUCAUCAGUUCUUGACCUCAAGGCUGAUAACUACUUCUCUUGUGCAGUUGGUAGAAACUGCUCUAAGGCCAGAUACCUUCUUGGUUCAUCACCUGAUGUUGUGUCCCUACUGAAAGAUCUGGCCAACACUUCAUCAUGCGGAGCUGCUUCUUCAUACAAGUAGAAGCCUAUUAUUUGAGGUACAUUCAUAUUCUACUCAUUUCAGGGAACAAGUAUGACCGCAUCUGAUAUGCUGACACAGCCAAAUUAAAACUGCACCAUGAUGUUUUUGGACUAUUCUUGCUGAGUUUAGCUUAUGUUUUUAAAGUAUUGCAACGUGGUUGGCACUAUCUACGUAUCUGAUCUUUUGAUCUUAGCUCACCCGAUAUGCUAAAACUCCGUAGGCUUUCAAACUGUGGCUAGGGUGACUGCUGAUGCUGCUUCAUACGUACGUGGAAACAGACAGUCAGGGAGGGAUAGUAUGAUGCCUUCAUUCAGAGCUGCGGGUAACAUGCUUGUACUUACAAAUAGUUAAGCAUAUGCAUAAGCAAAAUGUUCUUGUAGGAAGUUUAGUGGAAUAAACGUCCCAGGACUCGUGGGAUUUGCUUGUAAACGCUUUCCUUUUAGUUGUUUAAUAGAAACAUAUGCCUCACCUUUUAAUUUCCUUUAGAUGGUGUUUUCUUCAAGGGAAAUUGCUCUUUCCAGAGUUGGUUUUUUUGUACAAUGCAUCACUUCUUAUCUAAAUUUACACUUCUAAUUGGUAAA